CACAGAACGCUACGACAUCGGCGAGUAAAGUCAAGUCAGCCUUCAGAGGUUCAGAAUCCCGUAGAGAACCGUGGAACAAAUUGUCGUGGCUACUCUUUUUUGGGGGAACAACCUAGGGACAAAAGGACAGCGUCUCCGUGCUUCUCGACAAGGCUCUUUACCAGUCUACCGACCCCCACCCUUUCUGGCCAACGAUCCGACCCCACCACCAGGACCCAGUUACCCCUGUCCAGCUGGAGGAGGACCCUCCACCACCUCUACCAGUCCAGCCAGGCCGGUCAGUCCACAGCGGUCAGCGGGGGAGUGUCAGGCCAGCAGCCAAGCUGGAGGGAGCCGGAGGAGGAGGGGAGCUGGAGCCGCAGCAGAGGCCCUCAGGGGCCGAGGGCCCGGGCUUCUUGUUGAGGUAUAGAGGCUGUGCUACUGCUGCUACAGAUGCUGAUGGCACCACUACGGAGCAGAUGGAUCCGAGAGAGCAGCAGGAGGAGGAGGAUGAUGUCAUCUCAGACGGACACACGCACAACGGGGUAACUCUGAGGAGACCCAAUGCGCUGGAGUUGCAGAAAGUGACUGAUGGAGAGGAGGAGGAGAGAGAUGGAGGGAUGGACUCUACCUCUGCAGGGGAGGAGGACUUGAAGACUUCAGACGAGGGCUUCAUGGGCAUGACGCCUCUACUACAAGCCCACCACGCCAUGGAGAAGAUGGAGGAGUUUGUUCACAAGGUGUGGGAAGGCCGGUGGCGAGUCAUUCCUCAUGACGUGCUGCCUGAGUGGCUGAAGGAUAACGAGUAUCUCCGCCACGGGCACCGGCCGCCCAUGCCCUCCUUCAGGGCCUGCUUCAAGAGCAUCUUCAGGAUCCACACUGAGACUGGCAACAUCUGGACUCACCUGCUGGGCUGUCUGUUCUUCCUGUGCCUGGGCAUCAUGUAUAUGUUUCGUUCCAACAUGUACUUUGCUGCCCCGUUCCAGGAGAAGAUAGUGAUCGGUAUCUUCUUCAUCGGGGCCAUCCUGUGUCUGUCCUUCUCCUGGCUCUUCCACACCGUCUACUGCCACUCUGAGGGCGUCUCUCGUGUCUUCUCCAAACUGGACUACUCUGGCAUAGCCUUCCUGAUCAUGGGCUCCUUUGUUCCAUGGCUCUACUACUCGUUCUACUGCUCUCCCAACCCCAGGUUAAUCUACCUGGUAGUAGUCUGUAUACUAGGAGUGUCUGCCAUCAUCGUCUCACAGUGUGACUUCUUCGCUAAGCCACAGUACCGCGGCGUCAGAGCAGGAGUGUUUGUAGGUCUGGGUCUGAGUGGUGUGGUCCCCACCCUGCACUUUGUCAUCACUGAGGGCUUGCUGAGAGCCACUACUAUGGGUCAGAUGGGCUGGCUCCUCCUCAUGGCUACGCUCUACAUCUCUGGAGCCUGUAUCUACGCAGCCCGCAUCCCAGAGAGGUUCUUCCCCGGGAAAUGUGACAUCUGGUUCCACUCUCAUCAGUUGUUCCACGUCCUGGUGGUGGCAGGAGCGUUCGUCCAUUUCCACGGCGUGUCCAACCUGCAGGCCUUCCGCUACGCUGCCGGGGCGGGCUGUGAAGAGGACAAUGCCCUGUGAAGAUCCUGCACGUCGUCACGUCAACACACCACCAGGGGGAGACACACAUGCAUAUAUAUAUACACACACACAUAUGCAUAACAGACACGGGAGACUGAUGAAGGCUCAUACACACACUGACUCCCCAGUAGCCCCGUCUCUCUCUGUACAUGUCUACAGAAACCCCUUAGAGGACACGGGGAAAAAAGACAAGGUUUUCUUUUCAGUUGGAAAAAAAUGACCUCGUUUGUUUUUCUUCUUCAUCUUGUUUUCAAUAACUGCAUCUAGGGUUUUGGACAUUUGAGACUGGUCCCCCCCUGCCCCCCCUCAAAAAAAAAAAAAAUUGUGUGAAUUUUGAGUAAUCUGUUGAAGUGGUUGUUCUGAUUAUCAUCAUUCUAAACGUUGUGCUCACUGUACAAAGCAACAAAAAAAUACAAUGUGGGGGUUUCUUAAUGCUCUAGUGGUGGGGGUUUCUUAAUGCUCUAGUGGUGGGGGUUUCUUAAUGCUCUAGUGGUGGGGGUUUCUGAAUGCUCUAGAGGUGGGGGUUUCUGAAUGCUCUAGUGGUGGGGGUUUCUGAAUGCUCUAGUGGUGGGGGUUUCUGAAUGCUCUAGUGGUGGGGGUUUCUGAAUGCUCUAGUGGUGGGGGUUUCUUAAUGCUCUAGUGGUGGGGGUUUCUUAAUGCUCUAGUGGUGGGGGUUUCUGAAUGCUCUAGUGGUGGGGGUUUCUGAAUGCUCUAGAGGUGGGGGUUUCUGAAUGCUCUAGUGGUGGGGGUUUCUGAAUGCUCUAGUGGUGGGGGUUUCUGAAUGCUCUAGUGGUGGGGGUUUCUGAAUGCUCUAGUGGUGGGGGUUUCUGAAUGCUCUAGUGGUGGGGGUUUCUGAAUGCUCUAGUGGUGGGGGUUUCUGAAUGCUCUAGUGGUGGGGGUUUCUGAAUGCUCUAGAGGUGGGGGUUUCUGAAUGCUCUAGUGGUGGGGGUUUCUGAAUGCUCUAGUGUUGGGUAGAAAAGCUUUACAGAAAGAAAGAAAGAAAAUGUAAUUAUGUGUGAAGUAUUUUUUUUCUUCCAUGAAAAGGGUGGGUGUGGCCUGGGGGGACGGGCAGGCUAGACGCUUUCCAACUUUGUUCAUGUAAAUAAGAUUUCUAAAUUCGGGUUAUAUAGAUUUGUAUUAAAUAUAUAUAAUAAUAAAUAAAUAAAAACAUUAAAUAAAUACAAAAAAAAUGUUAAGAUAUUGAAUUUUUUUUAAAAAUCGACAAAGAUGAUGAGGCAACAACCAAGAAAACACCAUCUGUGUAUAAACCAUUUGGCCAGAGGGGGGAAGUGAAGUGGGGAAUAUAGGAGAACCACACACUGUUGAAGGGAGCUAUGGCACAAAGAGUUGAGACACGUGAAGGGGAGAGGGAGAGCCAACUUCACAACGAGGGAGGAGGCUCAGCAAGGGUUAAGCCCUGGGUGGAGAUGUGACCUGUGACUGGCUGACGUUGAGCCCCAGUCGACAAAUCAGGUGCUGCAUUCUGUUCAUAUUCUUUUCAACAGUAGUGCACUACAUGAGGAAUAGGGUGCCGUUUUGUCUUGACGUGUAGCUAGUAGCUACUUCAUCUCAUUCCAUUAGACUGUGACAUCUAGUGUGUCAUCCCAGCAGUCAACACGACCCUUCCUUCCCUAACAUUAGAAACCAACGUUGGUGCUCGUCCAAAAUGGCACACUAUUCCCUUUUUUAUAUAGUGCACUACUUUUGACCAGAGCCCAACGUAAAGUCAAUAGUAGUACAACGAUAUAUAAGGGAACAGGUUUCAGUUCCUCGACCCCUCUCAGUGAAACCGUCAUCAGUGAAAGGUUGUCCGUUUCUAUCUCCUUAACCAAGUUGAGCCUCUCUUUCUGCUCUGGUAUAAAGUGACUUUGUACUACGUUUUGUGUGAAGUGUGUGAUUCAUUUAAGAUUACGGACCAAAGGGCACCGUAUUCCCUAUUUAGUGCACUACUUUUGACCAGGUAGUGCACUACUUUUGACCAGGUAGUGCACUACUUUUGACCAGGUAGUGACCUAUAUAGGGAAUAGUGUGCCAUUUGGGACCCGGAAAUAAAAACAGAAGAUCAAUAUUUCAGAACAAAAUAUGCAUCUCUAAAAUGUGUUUUUUUAUUUGAUUUUGAAUGUUAUUAUUUAGUCUAUUAUUCAUUAUCAUCACAGGCUUUAAGUUGGGGGUUUUAUUGAUCCAAUACCGUUGUGAUUGUGUCUGGUUUGGGGAGGUUUUCUUGAUCCAAUACCGUUGUGAUUGUGUCUGUUUUGGGGAGGUUUUCUUGAUCCAAUACCGUUGUGAUUGUGUCUGGUUUUUGGGGAGGUUUUCUAUUCUCUUUUAAAGGGUGUGUAUGUGAUUUUGAAAAGGUUGAAACAUGUAAUAGCAGAUUCCCUCAGAGCGGUUUCACAACACUCUGGGGGGUCUGUUUAGAGCUUCGUGUAUUAGGGCUCGAUUCAAUCCAUUGCUGCAGUUCAGCGUUAAAACACGAUUUGACAUUUUAAAAGCAAUCGUCCCGCUGAGACUGCAUUCGUGGUAAACGCUGCGUAAGUCGGCUCAAUGGGAGGUGAGCUUCGGCGGUACGGAUUGAAUUGAGUCCUUUUUAGUUAUUCAUAUGUAUCAGAUCUACUUUCUAGACGUGUAUCUACGCCACGGUGCACAGCUGUGCUGAAGCUGAGAGCCUUCUUUCUCUCUCCACUUCAGAUUCAUCCGCCACACACCUGCUCAGUCGUACUGCUUCUGUACCUGUCGCUCCAGUUGAAACACUAACAGACAUGUAUUCAUUAUGACGAUAUACAGGCAAGGCGGUGCAUCUGAGACCAGGCUAGGAGGUCCCUUAAUGCUCUGUGUUGAGACGAUAUAGAUGUCUUCUCAAUCUUCAGACCCAGAAUUACAAGGCCUUUUGUUUCAUUGUGACAUUUCAACAGAAAAAAACAUCAAAGGAAAACAGAUGUUUGUUGUUUUUUAAUUAUUAAUUUAUUUCUUUUUGUUUGUUUGUUUGGGGAAGUGCAUAUUGUUUGUUUGUUUGGGGAAGUGCAUAUUGUUUGUUUGUUUGGGGAAGUGCAUAUUGUUUGUUUGUUUGGGGAAGUGCAUAUUGUUUGUUGAAGCACGUGUCCAGUGGUGACUGUGGGAUUUACAAUAGGUCUUUAUAUCUGCUGUAAUUGUUCUAAUAAAAAGGGUUUGGAUUCUG